UGCGUGCGUGCGUGUUUGCGUGUGGUCAUAGUUCCCGCCAUCAGCCGCUCUCCCUGACCAGGGGGAGCGAGCGGCCUCGCUCUUUCGGGCCCGAGGUCCCUUCCGUCUUCCCUCCCGGCUCCCCCGCGCCGCGUGGACUCCGUACUCUUGGCAGGCCUGUCGGGGGCUCCGGACUCUCAGACACAGCUGAGCUGAUGGCUCCUGGAGAACUGGCCUAGCUGCAGAAUAUGAGUAGUUUCCCAAGAAGAGUGCAUUGCCUUUGGCACAAGGAUCAGAAUAAAGGUGAAUUGUUAUUACAUAGGGUUUUUCAGUAAAAGUCACUGAAAAAACCUAUCAGGUGAAGGUGUAUUUUUGCUUUUUAAUUUGGCUAGAAGCAAUUUAUUUUUAAAGAAAGUAUGUCUCCUCUGAAGAUACAUGGUCCUAUCAGAAUUCGAAGUAUGCAGACUGGGAUUACAAAGUGGAAAGAAGGAUCCUUUGAAAUUGUGGAAAAAGAGAAUAAAGUCAGUCUAAUAGUUCACUACAAUACUGGAGGAAUCCCAAGGACAUUUCAGCUAAGUCAUAACAUUAAAAAUGUGGUGCUUCGACCCAGUGGAGCAAAACAAAGUCGCCUAAUGUUAACUCUACAAGAUAACAGCUUCUUGUCUAUUGACAAAGUACCAAGUAAGGAUGCAGAAGAAAUGAGGUUGUUUCUAGAUGCAGUUCAUCAAAACAGACUUCAUGCAGCCAUUAAACCUUCUCAGGGAUCUGGUAGUUUUGGAGCCAUUCUCGGCAGCAGGGCCUCACCGAAGGAGACCAGCAGACAGCUUUCUUACUCAGACAACCAGGUCUCUUCAAAAAGAGGAAGUUUGGAAACUAAAGAUGAUAUUCCAUUUCGAAAAGUUCUUGGUAAUCCGGGUAGAGGAUCUGUUAAGACUGUCGCAGGGAGUGGAGUAGCUGUUACUCGUUCAGUUCCUUCUUUGACAUCUACAUCAUCACCUCUUAGAUCAGGAUUAUUAGAAAACCGGACUGAGAAGAGGAAAAGAAUGCUAUCAUCGGGCUCAGAGCUAAAUGAAGAUUACCCUAAGGAAAAUGAUUCCUCAUCGAACAACAAGGCUAUGACAGAUCCUUCAAGAAAAUAUUUAACCAGCAGUAGAGAAAAACAGUUGAGUUUGAAACAGUCAGAAGAGAAUCGGACACCAGGGCUUUUACCUUUGCAGUCAUCAUCAUUUUAUGGUAGCAGAGCUGGAUCCAAGGACUACGCUGCUGGUGGUACUAAUCUCGACAGGACUAAUGUUUCAGGUCAAACACCAUCUGCCAAAAGAAGUUUGGGAUUUCUUCCUCAGCCAGCCCCUCUUUCUGUUAAAAAACUGAGAUGUAACCAGGAUUAUACUGGCUGGAACAAACCAAGAGUGCCCCUUUCUUCUCACCAACAGCAACAGCUGCAGGGUUUCUCCAACUUGGGAAAUACCUGCUAUAUGAAUGCUAUUUUACAGUCCUUAUUUUCACUCCAGUCAUUUGCAAACGACUUGCUUAAGCAGGGUAUUCCAUGGAAGAAAAUUCCAUUCAAUGCACUUCUCAGACGCUUUGCACACUUGCUCAUUAAAAAAGAUAUAUGUAAUUCAGAAACCAAAAAAGAUUUACUUAAGAAGGUUAAAAAUGCCAUUUCAGCUACAGCAGAGAGAUUCUCUGGUUAUAUGCAGAAUGAUGCUCAUGAAUUUUUAAGUCAGUGCUUAGACCAGCUGAAGGAGGAUAUGGAAAAAUUAAAUAAAACAUGGAAGACUGAACCUGUUCCUGGAGAAGAAAAUUCACCAGAUAUUUCAGCUACCAGAGUUUACACUUGCCCUGUUAUUACUAAUUUGGAAUUUGAGGUUCAACACUCCAUUAUUUGUAAAGCAUGUGGAGAAAUCAUUCCCAAAAGAGAACAGUUUAAUGACCUUUCGAUUGACCUUCCUCGUAGGAAAAAGCCACUCCCUCCUCGUUCAAUUCAGGAUUCUCUUGAUCUUUUCUUUAGGGCAGAAGAACUUGAGUAUUCUUGUGAGAAGUGUGGUGGGAAGUGUGCUCUUGUCAGGCACAAAUUUAACAGGCUUCCCAGAGUCCUCAUUCUUCAUUUGAAACGAUAUAGCUUCAAUGUGACUCUUUCACUUAACAACAAGAUUGGGCAGCAAGUCAUCAUUCCAAGAUACCUGACUCUGUCAUCUCAUUGCACUGAAAAUACAAAACCACCUUUUGCUCUCAGCUGGAGUGCACACAUGGCAAUUUCUAGACCAUUGAAAGCCUCUCAAAUGGUGAAUUCCUGCAUCACCAGCCCUUCUACACCUUCAAAGAAAUUUACCUUCAAGUCCAAGAGCUCCUUGGCUUUAUGCCUGGAUUCAGACAGUGAGGAUGAACUAAAACGCUCUGUGGCCCUGAGCCAGAGAUUUUGUGAAAUGACCAGCAAUGAGCAACAACAGGAAGACCUGGAAAAAGAUUCAAAAUUAUGCAGAAUUGAGCCUGAUAAGUCCGAAAUGGAAAAUGCAGGAUUUGACAGAAUGAAUGAAGAAGAGCUUAUAGCAGCUGUCUUAGAGAUAAGUAAGAGAGAAACUUCACCAUCUCCAAGUCAUGAAGAUGAUGAUAAACCAACCAGCAGCCCAGAUACCGGAUUUGCAGAGGAUGAUAUUCAAGAAAUGCCUGAAAAUCCAGACACUAUUGAAACUGAGAAGCCCAAAACAGCCACAGAGCCAGAUCCUGCCAGUUUUGCUGAGAUAACUAAAGACUGUGAUGAGAAUAAAGAAAACAAAACCCCAGAGGGAUCUCAGGGAGAGGUUGAUUGGCUCCAACAGUACGACAUGGAGCGUGAACGAGAAGAGCAAGAGCUCCAGCAGGCGCUGGUUCAGAGCCUUCAGGAGCAAGAGGCUUGGGAACAGAAAGAAGAUGAUGACCUCAAAAGAGCUACUGAGCUAAGUCUUCAAGAGUUUAACAACUCUUUUCUGGACGCACUGGGUUCUGAUGAGGACUCUGGAAAUGAGGACGUUUUCGACAUGGAGUACACAGCAGCUGAAGCUGAAGAGCUGAAAAGAAAUGCUGAGACAGGAAAUCUUCCUCAUUCCUAUCGACUGAUCAGCGUUGUCAGUCACAUUGGCAGCACCUCUUCUUCAGGUCAUUAUAUUAGUGAUGUGUACGACAUUAAGAAGCAGUCGUGGUUUACUUACAAUGACCUGGAGGUAUCUAAAAUCCAGGAGGCCGCCGUGCAGAGCGAUCGAGAUCGGAGUGGCUACAUCUUCUUUUAUAUGCACAAGGAAAUAUUUGAUGAGCUGCUGGAAACAGAAAAGAACUCUCAGGCACUUAGCGUGGAAGCGGGGAAGACGACACGGCAGGUUUCGUGAGGAGCCGCUCCUGGGUGGGCAGCGAGCACUGCAGAUCCCCUUCCUGCCGCCACCCUACCUUCCUCUGCUGGAGGAGAAUUCGGGAUUCUACUUGAUGCGGGAGCAACAGAUAGCUCAGGGCCAAACCAAAAGAUGAAAAUUACAGUUACGUAGAAUGCUCCAGGCUAACUAUUUUAUGGAAACCUUGGUCUCACAUCUGUAGCUGAUUAUCCUCUUUUUCUCCUACAAGCGUGGCACUUCCUUUUGUCUUAGGAAUACGUGUUGUAAAUAUAUAUGUGUAUAUAUACAUAUGUACAUACACACACAUACACACACGGAAUGAAUGGAGCCUUAAAGAGUUAGGAUGAGCAGCCGGAGUCUGCCUGUUCAAAUGAAUAGCGCAGCAGUUUGGAGAAGGAAUGAGGUUGUCCGAGUCUGUUCAUCCGGGAAACGUGUAAGGGGGCGCAGAUCAGUUGGUGUUGAGCUUUCCUGUUCCUUGAGUAGCUUCACUCAAGGCUGUGACCUUUCGUGUGUGUGUCUGAUUAGUACAGCUCACUGGAAAGCCAGCUCUCCCUGCUACACUAAUGACGGUUUGUUCUCCUGACAAGAGAGGGACAUUUGUCACCUGACUUGAGGAGCUUUUUUUAAAGUUCAUGAAUUUGUAAUGCCUUUGCUGUUUACAUGCAGUCCCAAGAAAUGGAUUUGUUGGUGCUUUGGAAUGUGUUAUGGUCCCACAUUUGGUAUCCAUCAUACACUUUGCAUUUCCUCUAGAAUGAGUCCUAUAUUAUUUUGAUGAUGAAGAUAAAGUUUUUUAUUUUCUAACUUAUCAUUCUUCCAUGGAACAGUUAUUAACCUAAAAUAUUGUAACCAAAACCUAAGGUAGAAAAUUAGGAUUGCUCUAAUUAGGACUGCCCAGCAGGUAUACUUAGGGGUAAGGCAGAACACUAGCAUCUCUGUGUCUCAGCAGUCAAGAGGAGUGUUGUGUCAGAACUAAAAUUCUGGACCACUAAAGCGAAAGCCCCUGAACUAUAGGAUAAAACUAGAGCAUUUAGCAUUUGCUGCCUGGCUUUGCCCUUAAACACGAUAAAAAUUCAAGUGUGAUUGGUUUAGGUAAUCUCAAGAACUAGCACGGAACCAAGGUGCGUAAUGUAUCUCGUCUUACUCUCUAGGUGCUGUGCGUUGAGGCUAAGUGGGGUUGCACCGUUAAUGCUGCAUCAGUCACCGAGCUGACAUAACUAGCUUGGCAAGCAGCUUCCGAAACCAUAAAGAGUGAGUUUGAGACUGGAAUUCUGUCCACAGAAGCAUCAUGUGAGCUCAGACUGUCAUUAGGAUGACCAGUUUUGUAUAACAAAAGAAAACCUUCAUUAUUUUCUUUCAUGCUUUUAUGUAAAUGAGAUUACUCUUUAGCUCUGAGGUAGAAAGAAAACCACCUCAAGUUUUCAGGGAGAAAACAUCUUAAAAUCAAUCAUAGAAGAUGCAGUAUCUUUCCUGGGAGAUUACAUUCAACGAGCUCCAGCUGUAUUCUUAGAACUUCAGCCCCUUGUGCAGCUUCCAUUCUCGAAUUGUAAAUGGCCUCAGCACUGUGGCGGAACUACUGGCACAUGCUUUGCCCCGGACCAGCCCCCUGCAGAUACUACUGUGGUUGACAUUUUGGAAUGAUAUGGUGGUGGGAAAUGCAGGAGUUUAGGGCUGUGGAAAAAACUAGCUUUACAGAUUCUGUUUCCUUUCUAUCAGGAGCCUCUCUGUUGUUUUUCACUUGAAGAGAACUGAUUUUCUCAUGAGUGAACUGAGGAUGAAGCUCUUUAGCUAGGUGUUACCACUCUCCCUGUUGUGUUAGCGAAUUUUGAGAGGCGCUGUCAGAAAUGAUCGGGAAUGCUUUGAAGUGAGGGCUGCAUUAAGACACAGAAAAAAACUAGAAAUAGCGCGUCAACCUGGCUUGCCUCAUGAGCAGCCUCAUUUGCAGUACUUUGAUAGCUUGCCUAGAUGCACACUUGGCUCAGUAACCUGAUUCUAUGUGCUCUUCGUGUCCUGGGCAGGCCUUGUUAGCUGGAAGCAGGUCUGGGGUAUAGGAGUUACCUCGUUGUUCAUAUACUUGGCAGUUUGGGACUCUCCUCCUGCUGGUGUCCGUUCAUCACUGUGGCCUUGUCAGUCUUUCCCUUCUGCCUUGGCUGCCUCAGCUCACCCCUUUGACUAAAAUAGACGUUGCAGCUGGACUUGAUGAUGGGGUUUGUUGGGUUUUUUGUUGGUUUUUUUUUUUUUUUUUUUUGAGCUGGCUGUAUAUAUUUAAAAAUUAUAAAAAGAUAAUAUAUUAUUUUUUGCACAAUGUGAUCAGUUUGCCCCGAAUCAGAGGAGGGGCGGUUAGCACACUGGGGCCAGGGAGGGGCAGACUGCUUCAGCUCCCGGCAGGCUACACAAUCACUAAUCAGCCUCCUAUCGAACAUACCAAAUGUGUGCUUACUUGCUUUAAAGACUUUAAGUUGGAACUUGAUAGCAGUAAGUUCUGAACACAACCUUUUGCUCUCAGUUGGAAUUUUUUGGAAAGGAAAAAUAAACUAAAUCCAAACUUGUUGGCAAAUUGCAUGUGGCUAAAUGCUGUUUUCCCUUUAGUAGCCAUGAUUAUAACUCAUAAAUUUUGUCUCAGCAGGAUAGAAUAAGAAGCAAGUCUAUGAAUUGGUCUUCUGUGAUGCCAACACCUGUUUACUUGCUAUGGUCUGUUCAUUCCAGGCCUUGCUUAAGUGGCUCAAUAACAAAUAUAACAAAUAGAAAUUGUUUACUUUUUGAGACAUGCACAGUGGUACAGAUAAGUUAACUCGGAAGGCAAGUACUAGACUACACAUGUCCUCAUGUUUCUAACAAGGUGACCCAUGAAAUCACCCUUCCUUACCGCACUACUGUGAUGUAACUGCGUGUGGAUAGUUACACAUACAGUUGUGUAAUGAAGAUGACCUGCAAACACCCAAACGAAAGAGAGGUAGAUAGUUUGUAAACUGGUUUGUGACCUACUGGAAAGGUUCUAUCACAAGAACAACAGAAACACACCCCCCCCCUUUCUUCUCUGUCUUCUACAAGGACUGCAGUGGAUGCUCGUAAUUAUUUAGCCUUCUGUGGGCUUUUUGGAUUUUUUUGUCGCCUGUUUGAUAUAAUUGACCCUCCAAGGUGGACUUCCCUUUUAAGUCAGGGAAGCAGCUAGAGCUCCAACUGCACAGGAACCUUGUAAUACGAGGAGAGCACUGGAAACACCAGCGGCCCCGUAGCGGAUGCAGCCGCAUCAGGAUGUCCCCGCAAAGCAGAGGCACCCUUCCCCUCCCAUCAUGCUUCACACUGCAGACGUGUGCAAGACUAAACAGACUUCUGCCCUCGGACAUCUUUCUAAUGCAUUAAGAAUCCAGGGUUUGUUUUUUUUAUGUGUCUUAUUAACAUCUGAAAAAAUGCGUAUGUUACUGGAAAACCAUAGCUUUUUAGGCCUUGACCGUUGAGUGACAGUUGCGUUGCUGUGUCUCACUGGGUCACGGAGGCCCUGUGGCAUGCCUGGUUACUACCGCACUUUAGGCAGUCUCUUUCGUUGUAGCCUUUGUACCCAGUUAGUAAAUUGUUUCCUUUCCAUGGGUGCUGUGUGUCUGAGGUUUUCAAGUUUUUAAUGGGAAGUGUGGCAGUAUGCAUGUGAGCAUUUGAUUUUAGUAACACAGGCUUUUCUUAAUGUUCGAAUUACAGGUGCAUCCACUGGUAUAAGAAUAUAGAGUGGCAUAAGGGUCUGGGUCAGGAUCUAAGUGUGUCGGGUCAAAUACCACAACAAAGAAGGGGUCUGUUUGGAAAACAGUAGGCCCUGAAUGAGACGUCUCGUGGGUGUCCCGGGUUUCCCUCCCUCACUUCUCUGGCCCGCUGUGUUUUCUUUGUGCUUAGAGAGGGAGACAGAAGUGAGGUGAGGCUCCUGCAGUUUGCCUAAUUGAGCCAUGAGCAGGUUUGCUGGCAGCUUUGGCCACAUGAUUUGUGAGGUGAUCCCUUUUGUGUUCAGAGUGGACUUCUGAUUCCAGUUCUUUCUGUUCUGUAAGGAGCGGCACUUUAUCUGUGUUUUAGCAGAACUGUUCCUCUGUAUCCUUUACAGUUUUCCCUUGUUUUUGUUUCCUUUUUAAAUUAUGCAUAGAGUUUUUUGUGUGUGAAAUUAAAGCCUUUAUUAACCUGUU